AUGCAUGUCCCAGGUCUGCAUGUGGAGGAGCUGGCGGUGUGCAGCGAGGAGGCUGGGCCUGCCGGGCUGCAUCCGCAGGCCUGGGUUCCCCUGCGCCUGAUCAGGUCCGCCGCCGCAGCUAGCCCCCUUCCCACCGUCGUCCUGUUGCACUACACCAGCGGCAACAUGACGGGCAUGGCGCCCCAGGCAGCGGUGCUUGCCAGGAGGGGCUACCUGGUCGUUUGCAUCGACCUGAGGUACCACGGCCGCCGCAACUUCUCCCGCCUGGACGACUUUGCUGCCUACCAGGCCGCCCUCGUCGCGGCCUGGCACGGCAGCGGCGAGCGUCCCUUCCUCCUGGACAACGUAUGGGACCUCAUGGUCGUCGCAGACUACCUCGUGCAGAGCAGGACAGACGUGGACCCGUCACGCAUCGCCGCCAUCGGCGUCAGCCUGGGCGGGAUGCACGCGUGGCUGUGGGCAGCGGCUGACGCCAGGGUCGCAGCCGCCGUGCCCCUCAUCGCCAUCCAGAGUUUCCGGUAUGCCAUCGAGGAGAACUGCUACCAUGGCCGGGUCAGCAGCAUCCCGCAGGUCUUCCAGGUAGCCGCAAAAGAUCUAGGGAAGGAGGCGGUGGAUGCCGAGGUGGUAGCAGUGGUCUGGGAGCGACUGACGCCGGGACUGGUUGACGCCUACGAUGCCCCUGCCUCCCUCCCCAUUAUUGCACCGAGGCCCCUCCUCGUGGUGUGCGGACAGGCAGACCCUCGCUGCGUCAUUGAUGGCGUCUACUCCUCCAUGCAAGCAGCCGUGGAGGCAUAUGCCGCAGCGGGUGCAGAGGAUGCCGUGGACCUCAUUGUGGAAGAGGGGGUGGGCCAUGUGUGCACCCCCACCAUGUGGACAGCGGCAUUCGAUUGGCUGGAUGAGAAGCUGCAAAAAGCAUGA